AUGGCUGGGUCGUCGUCGUCGUCCAAGCAAGAUCGUGCCCUGCAGGCCAAAAACCUCGCCGAGAGGUGCUUCCUCGCUGGCGACGUAGCUGGAGCGAAGCGAUGGUGUCAGAACGCGCUGAAGCUGGACCCGGACCUCCCCGGCGUCGCGCAGGCCGCGGCCGCCUACAACGUGCACUCCGCCGCGGCGCUCAAGGCCAUCGGGGUCGCCGGCUGCGGGCCCGACUGGUACGCCAUGCUCGGCCUGCCCCAGCCGCGCUCCGACCUGGUCACCCACCACGACGCCGUCAAGAAGCAGUACCGGAAGCUGUGCCUCCUGGUGCACCCCGACAAGAACACCUCCGCCGCCGCCGACGGUGCGUUCAAGCUCGUCCAGACAGCCUGGGACGUGCUGUCGACCAGGCAUCCCCCGCCGGGGGCCACCGCCGCCGCCGCCUCGGUGUGUACGCUUCCGAUGCGGGCAGAAGACCUGUUUCGUACCAAGCCUACAGCCGCCGCGCCGGCGACGCCACCGGCGGCCAAGAGGCCUCCUGAACCGCCACCGAAGACGACGCAGAGGCAACAACCACCAGGUCCUCCGCCAAAGCCGCAACCGAGCGCACCGAAGCGACCUCAGGUCGUCCAGAUGCGUCGGCCUGCUCCGGCAAAACAACAGCGGCCGACGAUUCUGCCGCCGCCACCGGUAGUGAAGCGACCAUCACCGACCAGGGGAAAAUGCCAGUAUUGCGGCGCGGCAAUCUCCAAAUCUUUCCGCUGCAUGAGCUGCCACCGGAGCCCAAUGGACAACAAGCCGGGCUAUUCCGACAAUGACGAAUACGACGACUAUUACGCCAAAAAAAAUAUGGAAUACGAUGACUACUACUACCACGACGACAGAUGAAAUCUGACGAUGAGUACAGCAGGGUUACGAGUAUCAUAUAUGAUGAGUAGAAAAUUAGGUAUGUGGCUCAAGAUUUCAAUUCCUGGGCUUAUUUAUUGUGCCUUUAAUUAGAUUUUUUACUCUUCUUUCUCCAAAGAGUACUUUUGAACCGAAUUCUUUCUCGGAAGAGUUUCAUAUUACAACUUCCAGUAUCACCAUUGUAAUUGUCCCCGUUGUAAAGAUUUUUUUUUUCUUAUG